AUGAGCCGAAUAAGCAAUGGGAUGAUCGUCUGCCUCAACGUGAUCACGAUCCUAGUCGCCUUCACCGCCAUCGGCUUCGCCCUUUGGUUCCACGUCAGAUCGGACACCGAUUGCCAGCGUGUCCUGAAAACGCCUCUGCUGGCGGUCGGCGGUGCUCUCCUCACCGUCUCCGUCGCCGGGCUCGUCGGCGCGUGGUGCGGCAUCUCGUUUCUCCUUUGGCUCUAUCUGUUUGUCCUUUUUGCCCUCAUACUCGCCCUUGUGGCCUUCACGGCCUUCGCGAUUGUGGUCACCAAUCAAGGCGUGGGAAGGGCAAUCUCGGGAAAAGGUUUCGGGGACCACCGGCUCGGAGACUACUCGGGCUGGCUUAAAAGGUACGUCGUCAACGACAAGAAUUGGGCCGAGAUAAGGAGCUGUUUGGUAGGCGUUAAAUUGUGCGAGAGACCGGAGUUUUACGAGCACGAGUUGUCUCCGAUUAUGUCUGGUUGCUGCAAGCCUCCAAAUGACUGCAGGCUCAAGUCACCUAAAACGGGUGAUCCGGAUUGCAAGGUGUGGAGCGAUGUCCCGACUGAGCUUUGCUUCGAGUGCGAGUCGUGCAAGGCGGCGGUUCUCUACAAUAUAAAGAGGGAAUGGAAGGUUUUGGCCAUCAUCAACGGGUGCAUCCUAGCGGUUGUUGUCACGAUUUACUCGAUCGGAUGCUGUGCUCUCAGGAACAAUCGUUAUGGCUACAAGAGGCACAAAGGACAUCCUUGA